UGCAAGCUACGAAGUUACAGCAAGACCAAUAUGAGUGAGGCGGUGACCAUUAGAACUCGCAAGUUUAUGACUAACCGCUUGCUUCAACGCAAGCAAAUGGUCGUUGACAUUUUGCACCCCGGCAAGGCCAACCUUUCCAAGAAUGAGCUUCGCGAAAAGUUGGCUCAAAUGUAUAAGACCGAUGCCGAGAAUAUAACUGCUUUCGGCCUUCGUACCCAAUUCGGUGGCGGUCGUUCGACUGGAUUUGCUUUGAUCUAUGAUAGCAACGAGGCCUUGAAGAAAUUCGAGCCUCACUACCGUUUGGUUCGUGUUGGCCAAGCCCAGCCCCUUGAAAAGGUUGCUCGUCAACAACGCAAGCAACGUAAGAACAGAGGCAAGAAGGUCUUUGGUACCGGUAAGCGUCUUGCCAAGAGAAGAGCCAAGAGCCAAGAUUAAUGAAAUUUUUUGGGUGUAUAAAAAAGAAAAAUCAAUAGUUAGUUUUAGCGUUUUUGCGCAAUGAUGAGAUUUACAAGUGGUUGGUACAUUCAAUUUUCGUUAAUGGUUGUUUACUCUUAAUUGGGGUUAGUAUUUGCAAAAAGAAAAAAUAAAGAAAGCGGGAAGGUUCAAAUAGUAUGCACCUACUAUUGCUGCCUAUCGGCUUACCUUUUUUUAUUUACAGUAGUGGGAAUUGUAAUGUUGACUGGUAAACUAAACUUAACAUAGAGAAAGUUAAACAAAGUCAAUUUUAUUUCUUUUCACAAGUAGAGAAUUAAUAAAUACGGGUCCGUUGUUAGUAAAUGUAA